UCGCUUCCUGUCCGUUGUUCAUUCAACAUGGCAGCGGGACCAAUUUCUGAAAGAAAUCAAGAUGCCACAGUGUAUGUGGGUGGACUGGAUGAGAAGGUGUCCGAACCGUUGCUAUGGGAGCUGUUUCUGCAGGCCGGACCUGUGGUCAACACACACAUGCCCAAAGACAGGGUGACGGGCCAGCAUCAAGGCUAUGGAUUUGUGGAGUUCCUGAGUGAAGAAGAUGCUGACUAUGCCAUAAAAAUUAUGAAUAUGAUAAAGCUCUAUGGCAAGCCCAUCCGAGUUAACAAGGCGUCUGCACACAACAAAAACCUGGAUGUGGGUGCGAACAUCUUCAUCGGUAACCUGGACCCGGAGAUUGAUGAGAAACUGCUCUACGACACAUUCAGCGCCUUUGGCGUCAUCCUGCAAACUCCCAAAAUCAUGCGUGACCCAGACACGGGGAACUCUAAGGGCUACGCAUUUAUCAAUUUUGCCAGUUUUGAUGCGUCGGAUGCCGCCAUUGAGGCCAUGAACGGCCAGUACCUGUGCAACAGGCCUAUCACGGUGUCCUACGCCUUUAAGAAGGAUUCCAAGGGUGAACGCCACGGUUCCGCCGCUGAGCGACUCCUCGCGGCUCAAAACCCACUGUCCCAGGCCGACAGGCCUCAUCAGCUGUUUGCAGACGCCCCGCCACCAAUGACCGCUCCCCCACCGGUUCUGACAGCCCUGGGAGCUGGGAUGGGCAUUCCUGGUAUGCCUCCUCCUGGCGCGUUCCCUCCUGUUCCACCUCCUGGUUCGAUGCCACCAUCAAUGCAGGCCAUGAUGCCUCCUGCUGGGGCUGGUGGUCCACAAGGGGGUGGACAUCCUUCUGGACCACCGCCGUUCCCUGGAAGUAUGCAUCCAGGUAUGCCCCAGAUGCCCAUGCCCCCUCCAGCGCCCCCUGGCAUGGUGCCACCUCCUCCUGCACCACCAGGAUCCAGUCAAGGACGGGCACCACCGCCCCCUGGCAUGCCACCUCCCCCGCCAAUGGGCAUGCCUCCUCGGGCACCAUAUGGACCCCCCAUGGGUCACCCCGUGCCCCCUGGAAUGAGAGGCCCUCCCCCUCCCAUGCCUCCUCCAGGUUAUGCUGCAGGUCUCCCACGCCCUCCUCCUCCAUUUGGUUUCCCCCCAAGACCACCGGUUGCACCAAUGCCUAGACCACCGAUGCCGCAGUAACCCCCUGUUCUCCCCAAACACUUUUCUUUCCUUUUAAAAACACGUUAAGAUCAAGUUUGUGACAUUAUUUUAAUGACAGCUUUGUAUUUUUUGUUACUUUACUAGUGGAAGAAACUUCCUUAAUAAAAGUUUUAAUAAAACUGUAUUUGAUGGGUAACAUUUAAACAGCACUACUGUUUUAAAACAUAUGUGAUUGAGUUGGUGUUGCAUUCAGUUUUGGAGUAAACACAGAGUCCACCACAGGAUAACCAAAAUGGUGUCCAAACAACCAUUUAACUGUUAAGUAUUGGAUACUAUUAAAGCCACACGACUGAAGAUAUUCUUCCUCUAGAGUGUGAAUUUACCUUUCCACAGAAAUUGUUCUGAGGGGAUCAAAGAAUAUUCCUCUUUAAUCCAGGGGUCCAAAUGUCAUUUUAACAAUGCAAAAUUUCCCCAUUGUGGGAAGCAGUCUAAAGCAUGAGAGGCCUAUAGCCAUAGCUAUGUGUCAGGGAGUGUGAAGAAGUAGCUGUCUGGGGAAACCUCUAUGUGGCUAAAUAUAGCUCUGCUUCAUUCAACAAAUGUUCGUACAAAAACAUGCCACAGUGUCAACACAUCAAAGUGCCUAGCCCUCGCUAGUUAGCGCUGCACUUUCUUUUUUAGGCCUUAUAGUGCUAAUUUUUGUCCUUACAGUUUUUUAAACAAAAUUGGGAUGUAGACAUUUACUUAAAUAGCAAAUUCCUCUCUAUUCAGGUACUUAGUUGCACCUAAUAAGAGCCACACCCAGCUUUACUGUGUACCUUGACUUGCAUGGCUUCAGUUUUGUGACAAGUGCGUGUUUCAAGUGGAGUCAAACCAUGUACAGAACUCUUGCUCUGCUAUGGGAAGGACGGGAACGGUUACCUUAUUCCGUAGACCAGCUUUGCAUCUCCACUGACUGAGGUACUCUUUCUGGUGGAGCAGCACUUGAGCAGGAGAGAAGCUCUUUUAUCCAAUGUUUCAACAGUGGAAUCUGCAGCGGAGUUGUCUGUGUUUCUGCUCAGAUUGUACCGAAUGAUUGAAAUGAACAGGAUUUGGUAUGAAAAUGAUGUAGGAGAGGUGCGGAAAAUGACAUCAGAGAUGAGCAGAAAAGAGGAUGAUGAUGCUGAUGGACACACACAUUAGUAUCAUCAUUGUCGCUGUUCGUCAUAUAUACUGUAGAUGCUUCCUU